UUGCUCAAUAAAAAGUCAAUAAAUUGUAAAAUGUAGCAAGUUUUAUUUGUUUCAGUCCCCGCCUACUGCCCAUAGUAAGCUGGGAUAGGCUUCAGCUCAUCCGCGACCCAUGUGAGGAAAAGCGGCAUGGAAAAUGAACGAAUGAAAGAAUGAAUUCAAUGUCUUUAUUAAGGGACCAUUAGCCGAUAUGACAUUAAAACACCACCAAUUCGAUUAAUUAAAAAUCCUGUAAUUAAUGAGUGAAAGAAAAUUGCCUGACAGCACAUAAUCACUACAGCCCUUAUCGGCAAAACGUUCAUUGGCUGCCACCCUCCCACUCCAAAUGGAUUGGACAUCUGGAGACGUCAACGGCAGAUGACGGGUAAAUAGCAGAUGCUUUGACAUCGAUAAAAUGAUCUUUUAAGAUAGUUAUGGCUUGAUUUGAAUGUCACUACGUUGACUUUGGUGGGAAUGUUGCCCCUACCAAGAUGGCCGCCAACCUGAGGCCAUUUUGAUUGGGGCAAUGAAAGCUCUUUUCGUGCUUCGGCCCUCAAUUGAAAUGAGUUUAUCAGUGGUAGUUUCCAAUACAUUUCAAGUUCUUAUUAACUGCCAACCCUCCCACUUCACAUUGAUUGGACGUCUAAAGCAAAUGGCAGCCACAGCAAAAGGAUGAAUGGACGCCGCAUGAUUAGACAUCUAUCAAGGUCAAUGGCACAAAAAAAAAACUAGUCACUUGCCCUAUAAAGGGUUAAUAAGACACGGGUUGUCAUCCCGCGCCUCCCUCUCCCUCGCUCAUUCGUGUAUCUUCGGCUAUUUCCGGGAGAACGACAGAGGAUAUGGAAAACGGCCUCAUUUUUUCGUUCGUGCAUCUUCGGCUCUUUCCGGAAAGUGACACAGCCUGGUGGAAAAGGUUCUCGUUCCUUCGUGCAUCUUCGGCUCCUUCCGGAAGAGCGACACAGCAUAUGGAAAACGGGCUCAUUCCUUCGUGCAUCUUCGGCUUUUUCCGGAAAGACGAGGCAGGAAAAUAGCUUUCCUUACACGUACGCCUUCUGAAUGCACUAUCCCUUCUUGCGCCAAGUUCGAGCAUGUUCAGUUCGAGCUAACCGAACCGCCUUCCUCCUCCUCCUCUUCCUCACUCGUCACCCCUUGGCCCCUCCCCUCCCUGACGCUCCCAGCAGCAUCGUCGUCGUCGUAGUCGUCGCGUCCGACCUUGCUUUGGUUGUUUUUGCCCUGCAAGACGAAAGACGAGCAACUGCAGGGGGCGCCACCUCCCUCCGCUCUUGAGCGAGCAUGGCCAACCCGCUGGCGUCCUAUGACCAGCUGGCCCACCAGGUGGCGGCGCUGCGCCAGGAGAACUCCCACCUGAGGAGGGAGCUAGAGGACAAUUCCAACCACCUGUGCAAGCUGGAGACCGAGACCGUCGGCAUGAAGGAAGUCCUGAAGCAGCUGCAGUGCAAGCUGGAGCAGGAGGCGGGGACUUUGGCUUCAUCGGGACGCAGCGACGUGCUCCACCAACUCAAAGAGCUGCACAUGGACUUGACCAACUACUACGAGCUGAAGCAUCAAGGUCACCAAGGUCACGGGUCGGCGGACAAUCAGGGAGCCCCAGAAAGGGAGCACUGUCUGGCGCUACCCCCUCCCGCCUGCUCCUCCUCUUCGGCUCGCAGCGGCGACAUUUCCGUCCUUUUGUCGCCGCAUCACUUCCUGGACGGGGCCCCCCCCAAAACGGCUGUCAUCAGCGGGGCGGACGGACGCCUCAGCGACCAUCACAUGGACGAACUCUACAAGGAAAGGAACCAACUUUUAGGAGAAAUUGACCGCGAAGAGCGAGAACGUUGUUGGUACUUCAGCCAGCUGGAUGCGCUGUCACAGAAACUGGCGCACCUGCCUCGCAUCGACACGUUUUCUCUGCAAAUGGACUUUAUCCGCCAGCAGCUGGAGUUUGAAGUCCAGCAGGUGCGCUCCGUCAUGGAGGAGCGCUUCGGGAGCGGGGAGGAGAUGAUCCGCCGCGCACAGAUGCGUGUUGCUCGUUUGGAGCAGCUGGAGAAGGAACUGCAGGAGAACCAAGGGAGUCAAGAGUGCCAGCUUCAGCUGUUGGGCGCAGAGAGGCCUCCCGCGGGAGAAGCGGAGAGCAACGCGUCUGCGGACGGGACGGCGGACGGAGGAAACAAGGUGGAGAUGGUCUUCUGGUUGCUGUCCGUGUUGGCCAAUAGAGACAAAGAGGAGAUGUCCCGGACGCUGCUGGCCCUCUCCAGCUCUCAGGACAGCUGCGUGGCCAUGAGGAAGUCCGGCUGCGUGCCCCUGCUGGUCCAGAUCCUCCACGAAGAGGCCGGCGGGCCGGGGGAGGCGCGCUGCAGUCGCGAGGCCAAAUCCCGAGCCGGCGCCGCCCUGCACAAUAUCGUCUACUCCCAGCAGGAUGAGGGACAGGCCCGCCGAGAGAUGAGAGUCCUGCACAUGCUGGAACAGGUCCGCACUUACUGUGACAGCGGCUGGGACUGGAUGGAGAGCCACGCCCAGACCAGGACCGCUGGAAGAGAUGUUCCGGAACCUGUAGAACCUCAGAUCUGCCAGGCCACGUGCGCCAUCAUGAAGCUAUCCUUUGAAGAAGAGUUCCGCCGCGCCAUGAACGAAUUAGGUGGUCUCCAGGUGGUGGCGGAUCUGAUCCAUUUGGACCACCGGAUGUACGGCACACAGAACGAUCCCAUCAACAUGGCGCUGCGACGCUACGCCGGGAUGGCCUUGACAAACCUCACCUUUGGAGAUGUGGUCAACAAGGCCACUCUGUGUUCAAAGAAGAGUUGCCUCCAAGCUCUGGUGGCCCAGUUGGGCUCCGACAGCGAGGAACUCCACCAGGUGGUCUCCAGCAUUCUGAGAAACCUGUCCUGGCGGGCCGACAUCAGCAGCAAGCGAGUCCUGAGGGACAUCGGCUGCGUCUCCGCCCUGAUGAUGUGCGCCCUGCAGGCCACCAAGGAGUCCACCUUGAAGAGUCUCCUGAGCGCUUUGUGGAAUCUGUCGGCUCACAGCUUGGAAAACAAGGAGUCGGUGUGCGCCGUGGACGGCGCCCUGGGCUUCUUAGUCAGCACGCUGACGUACCGCUGUCAAACCAACUCGCUCGCCAUCAUCGAGAGCGGCGGCGGCAUCCUCAGAAACGUCUCCAGUCUGGUGGCUACGCGAGAAGACUACAGGCAAGUUCUCCGGGACCACAACUGCCUCCAGACUCUGCUGCAGCACCUGCGUUCUCACAGCUUGACCAUCGUCAGCAACGCCUGCGGCACCCUCUGGAACCUUUCGUCCCGCAGCCCCCGAGACCAGGAGCUGCUGUGGGAUCUGGGCGCGGUGGGCACGCUGCGCAACCUCAUCCACUCCAAACACAAGAUGAUCGCCAUGGGCAGCGCGGCGGCGCUGAGGAACCUGCUGAGUCACCGGCCCCCCAAGUACAAGGACGCCUCGGUGCUGUCGCCGGGCUCGUGCGCGCCAUCGCUCUACAUGAGGAAGCAGAGGGCGCUGGAGGCCGAGCUGGACGCCCGACACCUGGCUGAGACCUUCGACACGCUGGACGGGCGCGGCCUCCGCAAGCAACUGCGACACGCCGAGAGCCUGGCAAAGGAUUACGCCUCAGAUUCCGGCUGUUUUGACGACGAGGAGGCCCCCGUCUGCCGCGGUCCAGACACCGUCUCCGUGCUGUCCGCCUAUCUGGACAACUCUGAGUCGCUUCAGAAGAGGGACGCGGAGCAGACAAGAAGUCAGUACCCGCAAGCGCGGAGACAAGCGGCGCCCGACGACGAGGCGUCCUCUGCCGCCGCCGAGACCCUGGCCGAGAAGAUCACCGACGCGGUGGCCAAGAUCGACCGAUUGGUGGAGGACAUUGCCAUGCAUACGUCGUCCGAGGACAGCUUCAGCCUCAGCUCCGAGGACCACCUGGCGGACUGGCCCCACGGACCGGACCGCUCCCCCUGUCGUCUGUCCGAUACCAGUAGCCUGGCCCGCCGGGAACGCCUGGGCAGGGCCCGGGCGUUACUCCGACUGAAAAGCGCUCACACAAGCGUGUCCACCGACAGCUUGAACAGCAGCAGCGACGGCUACUGCGGCAGCAAAGAGCGAGUCCGAUCCGUCCCCAAAACUCGGGUCCAGCAAAAAAGACCGGACCGCUUGGAACUGAAGGUGGCCCACCAAGGCGGGCUUUCCGCAGAAACCCAGGAAGAGUACCGAGACGUUCUCAUCCCGGAGAGAGAUUCCGCGGACAACAGAGUCCCAGUCACCGUGGAGCCAGCUGACUCGGACGCCGAAAAGAACCCGGCAGUUCAAACGCCGCUCAGCGUGUCCACCAAAGUCUCCUCCGACGUCAGCAUGGCCUCUGUCAAGCUUUCUCCUUCGUACCAACGGAUCCAGAGCGCAGCCAAGACGGACAUUCCGGCGGCCGACGCCACGAGGAAACAAGCCUGGGUGUCCGUCGCCGAGUUUUCCACCGUGACACCCGGCAGGAAUCCCGCCAUCGGCGCCAUGGAGACCCUCCAAAAGUACUCGGUGGAGAACACGCCCAUCUGCUUCUCCCGAUGCAGCUCCCUGUCUUCGUUGUCCUCCGGGCCGGAUGGACACGAGCCGGAGGAGAGCGACUCCUCGCUGGAAAUCCUCGACGGAGGACGGAGAGCCGAAGACGACGAGACCUUGGCGGACCUGAGCGACAGCCAGCUGCUCCUCACAGAUUCCAAAACCUUCCCGAGCAAAACUCCGGUGGAAAUUCCUCAUCCGUCCAAACGGGAGAAGGUCUUCCUCAGGGGACCCUCGCCGAUGGAAGACCGAUCUCCCUCCAGUUCCUCCGAGAACUACGUUCAAGAGACUCCUCUGGUCAUGAGUCGCUGCAGUUCGGUCAGCUCUCUUGGCAGUUUCGAGUCUCCGUCCAUCGCCAGCUCCAUCCAAAGCGACCCCUGCAGCGAGAUGAUGGACGGGACCAUCAGCCCGAGCGAUCUUCCGGAUAGCCCCGGCCAAACGGCGCCUCCCAGUCGAAGCAAGACCCCGUGUGGAGCCGAAGCACAGUCGUGUCAGUGGGAGAACGGUCUUCAGAAGUUGAUGGAGGUCAGCGAUUCCAAACAGCGAUUUAACCUCCCCGCCGAUAUGGACGCCAUGAUCUACUUCACGGUGGAAAAGCCCACCGAGAACUUCUCCUGCGCGUCCAGUCUGAGCGCUCUGCCUCUUCACGAGCACUACGUGCAGAAAGACGUGGAGCUCAAACUGACGCCACUUCUCCAGCAGGGCGAGAAGAACCACAGGGACGAGCAGGAGCAGCGAUACAGCGAAGGCAACUCCGACGACGACAUCGAGAUCCUGAAGGAAUGCAUCAACUCGGCCAUGCCGUCCAAAUUCAGGAAAGUCAGACCUUCUGCCGUUCCUCCUCACUUUCCCAAAGCUUUGCAUCUCCCCGUCUACAUGAUGCUCCCCAACGGGAAAACGCAGCUGUAUCCCGGGAGGAGAAUCGUCAUCCCGCAGAAGGACAUCAAGUUCGACGAUUCGUCCGUCACCGACUCUGCCGACGGGACCCCGGUCAAUUUCUCCAGCGCCACUUCGCUGAGUGACGAGACCCUCCGGUACCCGGCUAAGGAGUGUCCGUCGCGGCCCCUCGACGAGAGGAUCGAGGACUUGAGGAUCUUCUCCCGCUUCCGUAAAGCCGACAAAGUGAACUAUCCGCGCGCCGUUCCCUCGGGCCGCACCAGCAGACACGUAGUUCCCACUCAGAAGGUUCUGAUGCAGAGCAAGGAAGUGGCCGAUCGGGUCGCUAGCCUGAGGAAGCGUUCUCCGAGCCGAGGAAAGAAGACGCAAAUCCAGGCUUCCUCCGGGAAGCUACAACUGCCCGUCAUAAAACAUAAGGCGGAGACUAUCUCCGACCAAAAGAGAAACCCAUCCCGUUCCUCGGAGGAGACCAAAUAUCUCCGCCGCACCAAGGAAGCCAGCGGGAACCUGUCGAGGAGCACUGGCAACAUCGGCAGGACCUCUGCGUCCCGCGCCGAGCCCCGAGGCUUUCACAAGAUAAAGCAGAACCUUCUGAAGGACGACUGCCCGGCCUUUUACUCUCUCAGCUCCUCUUUGAGUUCCCUGAGCGACGCCGAGUUCGAGGAACGCAGAUCCAAAGCUCAGCAGAUCUGGCACAAGAACAAACGCAACUUGACGCAGCGAGCCACAUCGGAGGAGCAAAGCUCUCCAAGUUCCGUCAGCGUGGACUCGGAGGACGACCUCCUCCAGAAGUGCAUAACUUCUGCCAUGCCCAAGCAGAGACGCAAGACGGCCUCCAGGAGGAACAAAGCGGAGAAUGACCAAAAACUGCAGCAGAAGGCCUCGGACUUCUGGACCGUGGACGAGGACAGCGACGACCCGGCGUGGGACGAAGAUUCCGACCUGAACAGCGUGGAAUGGAGAGCCAUUCAAGAAGGCGCCAACUCCGUGGUGAGCGGGCUCCAGGCCUCCAAAUGCCAAGAACUGUCCUCUGAAGAAAGCGAAUCGGUCUUGUCCUUCAUGUCCACGUCCAGCUUCACUCCCAAAGAGAGGAAAUUUGCCAAAGACAAAAAGGCUAACAAACCUCUGGACUUUGCGCAACGCAAGCCGGUGGCCAACUUGCCGGUGGUCUUCAGGGGCAGAACGGUCAUCUACACUCCAGUCAAAGAGACGGCUCCUUCGCAAAUACCUCCGCCCAGGAAAGCCUCCGCCAAGACGGACGCGCCGAAGAACCCCGACCUGGCUCAGCACAGAUCCAAGAGCCUUCACCGCUUAGGAAGACCUCAGGAGACGGAGCUGUCCUUACCGAAAAGGAGCUCCACUCCGCCGCCGAGGAUUCCCAAGAGCUCUUCGUCCGGAUCUUCGCAAAGUUCUACGCGUUCCCAGAAAAAGCCGACGUCUCCGACUCAGAAGAAGAGCGUCACGCCGGCGAGUAGCCCCCCCGAAAGAAAGGGACGCUCUCCCGUGGUCGAGAAAGUGGACAAAUCCACGGCCAAAACCCAGAAGUCUCCGGUCAGAAUUCCGUUCAUGCAGAAUUCCGUCAAAACGGCGAGACCUCUGUCCCCUCUGGUCACCAACCAGACCACGGGGAGGCAAAACCAAGUCGGCGGGAAGCGCGUCCUCCCCGCCAACCGGCGCCAACUCAGCAGGACAGCUUCAUCCCAACCUGGCGCCGAGUCGGACUCCAACGGAUUCUUGAGACAGUUGACGUUCAUCAAGGAAUCGGAGAACGGGCUGAAACGUAGCCCGUCCCGGAAGGGUUCUCCUCAUCGCCUGGUUCCCGGAGCUUCCACGGUCUUCCUCUGCUCGUCCCGAUGCCAGGAGCUGAAGGUGGCCGCGCAGAUUCCCAGGAAGACGGCGGGGAUGUGCGGCGGACAGACGCAGCGAGUCCAGAGACCGGGAGUCGGCGAACGGGUCGGCGGGAGCUCGGAAAGAUGCCCGCCCAGGAGAAGCGGCUCGGAAAGCCCCAACAGGCAGAGGGCCGUCGGGAGAAUCGCUCCGGGCAGAACUCGGGGGACGAGACGGGAGCAGGACAAAAACGACUUCAAACGUCACGCUUCGUCCCCGACGAUCAACAUCCUGAGCCGAGUGACCAGUCGCUCCUCCCUCCGGUCUUCGUCCUCCGAUUCCAGCGGCCGAGCCAAAAGCGAGGACGACGCCAAAAAGAAAAGUCGGAACGACACCUGGAGGAGGAUCAGGGACGAAGACGUACCUCAGAUCUUGAAAAACACUCUGCCGGCUAACGCGCUAGCUCUGGCGCCUUCGCCUGACGGGGAGCGAGCACCUCCGCUUCCUCCGGUUCUUCUGGGUUCUCGCAGCGUCAGCGACGCCACCGUCCAGACGGAAGACUUCUCCGGCGCGGAGUCCGUGGGAGACGGCCCGGGACGGGCGCCUGUCAGGAGCUUCCACGACGGAGACCCGAGUGUCUCUGGCGGAAAAGCUGAGGGGCACGCCGUCAAAUUCCGUCAAGGGUCUCCCAGUAAGGCAGCCAGAGUUUCUCCGUUCAACUACGUCCCCAGUCCCGUGGCAGUGCCGCAGCAGGACCGCCUCAAGACGGACGGCUAAAGUCAAUCCUAGACUUCACCUCGCCUUCAGACCUCGUGCUCCACCACACCUUAGCUUAAACAUCCACCUUGUUAGCAGAGGUCUUUAUUGGGGGUUGGAGCCUCUAGUCCAGCGGUGUCCAAACUACGGGCCGCCAGUUUCAUAAUGAAAAUAUCAUUGAAUAUGGGCCACACCACAAGCUCCAAUUCAGCCUACAUUCCGUUGCACUUCACAGCUGAAACACUGGAUGGCGCUAGUACUUAACCAGUGCCUGAAAAACAUUCGCUGCAAGCUUCCCUGCAAAUGGAUUGGACAUCUACUUGUGAUAUACUCAUGGCAGACGCGUGUAAAGACCGUUAGUUGCCCCUAUCAACAUGGCCGCCCUGGUGCCAUGUUGGCAGCGAUGUCCCAUCAGAGUCAAUGCAUAGCCAGUCAAAAAAAGUCAUAACCAGUUAAUUGACGGUGCUAGACGUCCAAUCCAUUUGAAGUGGGAGGGUUAACAGCGAAUUAACAUUCAUUGCCAACCCUCCCACUUCAAACAGAAUGGACGGCUACUCGUGAUAAGCAUGAAAAUACCUUUCAUUGCCCCUACCAAAAUGGCUGCCCGCUAAAGAAAAUGCCUGAGGGCGGCUAUGUUGGUAGGGGCAACCUUCCAAUUAAAGUCAAUGCGUUGCAAUUCGAAUUAAGACAUAAUAAGCAUAUUUGACCCUGUUGCCUGCCAUACACGGCUAUGGAUGCCCAAUCUGUUUGAAGCGGGAGGGCUGGCAGCAAACGAACGAAAGCUCAAUCGCUGCUAAACCACAUCAAAUGGACUGGACGUCUAGUAGUGAUACACUCAUUUCAACUGAUGGCAGAAACAUGAAAAUACCUUUUGUCGCCCCUACCAAAAUGGCUGCCCGCCAAACAAAAUGCCUCAGCGCGGCUAUGUUGGUAGGGGCAACCUUCCCAUUUAAGACAUUCAAAUUAAGACAAUACAAGCAUAUUUGACCCUAUUGGCUGCCAUACAUGGCCGUAGAUGUCCAAUCCAUUUGUAGUGGGAAUUCUGGCAGCGAAUGAACGAAUGCUCUUUCGCUGUCAACCCUCCCACAUGAAACCGAUUGUACAUUUAUUAGUGAUUCACUCAUUCCAUUUGAUGGCAGAAACAAAAUACCUUUCUUCACCCCAACCAAAAUGGCUGCCCCUCCUAACAAAAUGCCUCAGGGUGGCCAUGUUGGCAGGGGCGACCUUCCCAUUAAAGUCAAUGCAUUACCACUCAAAGAUAUAACAUGCAUAUUUGACCCUGUCGGCCACCAUACAUGGCAACGGAUGUCCAAUCUGCUUGAAGUGGGAAGGCUGGCAGCGAACUAACAAACGCUCAUUUGCUACCAUACCUCCCACUUCAAACUGACUGGAUGACUACUAGUCAUGAACUCAUUUCAAUUUACGGCAAAAGCAUAAAAAGACCUGAGGCAUUUUGUCACGUGGGCAGCCAUAUUGGUAGGGGCGACCAUCCCAUUAAAAGUCAAUACAUUGACAUUCAAACGAAAUAAUAACCAGCUCAUUUCUUAACCCAUUUUUAGAGAAUAUUACCAAUGUCUCUUUACUCAUUGGCUGCCAUUGACGGUGCAAGACGUCCAAUCCAUUUGAAGGGGAAGAUCCGGCAGCGAAUGGACAUUAGUUGUCGUCUACUAGUAAUAAACAAAUUGGCGGAAGGGUGCAUCUUGUCCGUAGAUAGAGCUUAUUUUUUAACUCAUUGGCUGCCAUUGACUACAAUGGAUGUCCAAUUCAUUUAAAGUAGGAGGGCUGGCAGUUACCAUACUCCUGCUUCAAAUGUAUUAGACAUCUUCUAAUGAAAAACUCAUUUCAAAUGAUGGCAAAAGCAUGACAAGACUUUCCAUCGGUACUACCAAAAUGACCUCAGGUCGGCCAUGUUGGUAGAGGCGACCGUCUCAUCAAUGUCAAUGCAUUGACAUUGAAAUGAAGUGACCUCAGAGAGAAAAAGUUUGGACACCUCUGCUCUAGUCAUCCCCCAUGAACAUUUUCUACAUGUUCCCAGUCUAUUUGUAGAGUAAUAAGGGCGUGCUAGCAAUGCUAACAUUCAAAGGGGUGGAGCCAAACGCAGCAGUAUUAGCGCAACGACGCCAUGUCUCUGAAGGACAUCGAGAAAAUGUCUUCCUCAUACAAACUGACCAUUUACGCGCUCCUGCUCGUCUGUUAUUAGCAUUAGCAUCCAGCUAACACGAAGGACACUCGUGUAUUGGUGCCGGCCUCAUGUUUUUUUUCCCCGCUCUGUGAUACUCAAACUUCUUUUUGCUAUACAAUACAUGAAAAUUAAAGGAAAUAAUGACAUGAUGUUUGCACGUGUGCGUAGCAGGGACAGUCUAGAACUUGAAACGACUAAAAAUGUGCUUUUUUUACAUUGAACGCACAGUUUGGUCCCCAUAUUACCGCAACACUCGAACUCAGAAAAGUGAAAACACAUCAACAAGCUUCCUAUUGCCAAAACGGGUUUAAAAUCUGAUGUCAUAAAAUAACUCGCUGGCUGCCAUCGACGGAAAUCGACAUCCAAUCCAUUUGAAUUGGAAGUAGAUCAAAAGGAAUAAUGCCAAAUGUACAUGAAGUCACCCAGAAGUGCUCAAAAUUCAACUGGAAGUGGUCACUGGAUAGGAAGUGACACUCAAAUGCCCCAAAAUGUACUGUGGUAUAAAUCACACAGAUGAAAAAACAGUGUCUGCUUUAACUGAAACCACCCAAACAUUUAUAGGUUUUCAUUUUUUAAUGACGGGGGGAGAUAAGUAAGCGAACCCUCUGUUUAAGGAGCAAUUGAAACCAAUUUUUACCAAGCAAUUUAAGUCAGGUGUGAUGGGUGGUUGGAAGCUGCCAUGCCCACUAUAAAACACACACCUGGUAAGAAUUGUCUUCAUGAGAAGCAUUGCCACUUUACAUGAAGUAACCCAAACCAAAAAACUGACCCAAAAUGAACAAACAAGACCUGGAAGUGAUACAAAAUCAACAGGAAGUGACCUUGGAAUGCCUAAAAAUCAACAGGAAAUGAUCAAAAAUAUAAUGGAAGUGAUGCAAGAAUGCCCCCAAAUUUACAGAAAGCGACCCAAAAGCGACAAAGUGACCCAAAAUGAACAGGGCGAGACCUGGAAAGGCUGGAAAAUCAACAGGAAGUGACCCUGGAAUUACCCAAAACCAACAGAAACUACCCCAAAAUUUACAAGGAAGUGACCUAAAUGCCCUAAAAGUAAAAGGAACAAUACAAGAUAAACAGGAAGUGGCCCUGGAAUACCCCAAAAAGUACCCAAAGUGAUCCGAAAUGUAAAGGUCAUGACCUGGGAAAUGCCCCAAAAUUUACAGGAGGUGACCCAAAAAAUCUCAACAACAAUAAAAAUUCAAAGCUUUAUGCUGUUGUUCUAGACUGUCCCACUUGGAGGCGCUGUGUGAUAUAGGUAAGACGUCCUUUGUCAUGUUUUCACCCAAUAAAAAGUCAUCACUGGC